UAUGUCUCUCUUAAUUUUCCAGUGAACCAAACAAGGAGAACAAUCUGGUGAAGAAACGCACCUAUAUAAAUACAUAUAUAUCAAACAAUGUCAAAAUUCACCACCCUCCUCCUCAUGAUAGCCCUCCUUCUCUCCCCCAUGCUAACCUAUGCAUCUGCUGCUCGUCCAGAGCCUGUGAAAACCCAACACAUGGGUUCUUCAGAGAUGGUUGAUAAUGAAGAAACUAAUUGUGAAGGAGUGAAGGAGGAAGAGUGCUUGAUGAGGAGGACACUGGUUGCUCAUAUUGAUUAUAUAUAUACCCAGAAGCAGCACAAGCCCUGAAUGAAUCUCUCUCUCUUUGUUUGUCUCUUAAUUAGAAUCACUGGCUAGGAUUCUAAUAUUUGUGUUUAUAUAUCAGUUAGUAUAGCAUAAUAAUAAAGAAUAAAACAUGUUUCCUGUGUUUUCUUUGUUGUUGUUGCGGGUAUUUUAGUUCAUUUGCUACUGUUUUUGAUUGAA